CCGCCGUGCCGUGCCGCUGUCCCGCCGCCGGCGCUCGCUCCUCGGAGCCCCGAGUGCCACCAGCGGAGCUCCUGGAUGAGCAGGGGUCCCUGCGGGGGUGGCACGGCCCCCCAGCCCUCCCGCCUGGAUCAUGCAGUGCAUCCGAAGGCAGCCCAAGCGCAGCGCGUCCCAGGAGAACAUCCUGCUGGAGCAGAGCCGCCGGGUGGCCGCGCUGAACGGCAUCAGGCUGGGCCUCAAAGAUGACAAGGACCUGAAGUUCCUCCUGAAAGGCAGCCAGCUGCUAAAAGUGAAGUCAAGCUCCUGGAGAAAGGAGCGGUUCUAUAAGCUCCAGGAGGACUGCAAAACCAUAUGGCAGGAGUCAAAGAAGGUGCUGAGAUCCCCAGAGUCACAGAUCUUCUCCAUUGAAGAUAUCCGGGAUGUGAGGUCAGGCCAUAAAACAGAAGGUAUGGAAAAAUACGCCAAGGAUGUCCCAGAGUAUCGCUGCUUUUCCAUCAUCUUCAAAGACCAGCGGAAAAACCUGGACCUCAUUGCGAGUUCAGAGGAUGAUGCCAACCACUGGAUCGCCGGCCUUGGGAAAAUCAUAGCCCACAGCAACUCCAUGAACCAGAAACAGAAACUCCAACACUGGAUUCACACCUGCCUGCGGAAAGCUGACAAAAACAAAGACAACAAGAUGAGCCUGAAAGAGCUCAAAGACUUCCUGAAAGAAGUGAACAUUGAAGUCGAUGACUACCAUGCCAAGAAGAUUUUCCAGCACUGUGACAAGUCCAAGACAGAGGCUCUGGAGGAUGAUGAGAUAGAGGAAUUUUACAAGAUACUGACAGAGAGGAGGGAAAUAGACAGCAUCUUCCAAAUGUACUCGAACCCAGAAGGGUUCAUGUCCUGCCAGAACCUGGUGAGGUUUCUCUAUGAGAUACAGCAGGAAGAAGAUGCUGUUGUUGCUGCCCCUGCCUUAAUUCAGAGAUAUGAGCCCAAUGAAAGAGCCAAGAGGGGCAAUGCCAUGACCAAGGAUGGUUUCCUGAUGUACCUGCUGUCAGACGAGGGGAACAUCUUCAACCCGGCCCACCGCAAAGUUUACCAGGACAUGACCCAGCUCAGCCACUACUUGGUGUCCUCCUCACACAACACCUAUCUCAUGGAAGACCAGAUCACAGGGCCAAGCAGUACAGAGGCCUAUAUCAGAGCCCUCACCAAAGGCUGUCGCUGUGUGGAGCUGGAUUGCUGGGACGGCCCCAACUCGGAGCCCGUCAUUUAUCACGGCUACACUCUCACCUCCAAGAUCCUCUUCAGCGAUGUCAUUAAGGCCAUCAAGAACUAUGCAUUCAAAACCUCACCAUACCCUGUCAUCAUCUCCCUGGAGAACCACUGCAGCGUGGAACAGCAGAAGGUCAUGGCCCAGCACAUGACCACCAUCCUGCAGGACAUGCUCUUGGUUGCCCCAGUCGAUGGAAACAAAUCCCAGUUCCCCUCCCCAGAGCAAUUGAAAGGGAAGAUCUUGGUGAAAGGCAAGAAGCUGAGCAGGCAGGAGGACCCUGUCAAUGGGAACAACAACCUGGAGGCUGAGGAUGUCUCUGAUGAAGAUGAAGCAGCUGAAAUUGAAGAUGAAUCUGUGAAGACCAAGCUGGAGCAGAAGGGAAAGAGUGACACCUUGAAGCUGGCCAAGGAGCUGUCAGACACAGUUGUCUACUGCAAGAGUGUCCACUUUGAAGGCUUUGAUGACCCCAACCACCCUCGGGCUUUCUAUGAGAUGUCGUCGUUCUCGGAGAGCAAAGCUCUGAAGCUGGCCCAGGAGUCUGGAACCAGUUUUAUUCAUCACAACAUCAGGCACCUGAGCCGUAUCUACCCUGCAGGCUGGAGGACAGAUUCUUCCAACUACAGCCCCGUGGACCUGUGGAAUGUUGGCUGCCAGAUCGUUGCCCUAAAUUUCCAGACAGCAGGCACAGAAAUGGAUGUGUACCAGGGUCGCUUCCAGGACAAUGGGUUUUCUGGAUAUGUCUUAAAGCCAGAAUUCCUCCGGGAUGAACAAACCAAAUUCAAUCCAAAAGCCAUCACAGAAGGAACAUGGGUGACAAGGAAGAAGCUCCUGAUUAAAAUAAUCUCUGGGCAGCAGCUGCCAAAGGUGAACAAAAGCAAAAACUCCAUUGUGGAUCCCAAGGUGACGAUAGAGAUCCACGGGGUCCAGCAGGACAACAACAAGAAGCAGACCAAAGUCAUCGAGAACAAUGGCUUUAACCCAAACUGGAAUGAAGAGUUUACAUUUGACAUAGAGGUCCCUGCACUUGCCCUGGUCCGGUUUGUGGUGGAAGAUUUCGACAUGUCGACCAAGAAUGACUUCAUCGGGCAGUACACCCUUCCCUUCACGAGUCUGAAGCAAGGUUAUCGCCACAUCCAUCUCCUGACCAAGAACGGAGACCCGUACUCCUCCUCCACCCUCUUUAUCUACAUCAACAUCCAGGACUGUGAUUAGCAGCCUGGCUCCUCCAGGCCCCAGAGAGCCUCCUGACAGACCUGGAAGGAAUUCAGUGUGUGAGCCCUGCCAGUGCCAGGGUCAUUCCCCAGCACCUUCCCUGGAGCAGCACUGGGUGCUCCGUAGGACCCCCAAUGUGGAACAGCCAUGGACCUCCUCCCUGCUGCGUGCUGGAAACAUCCUAAUGCUGCUGUUGAGAUUCAUCCUUUAGUACCUGUUCGACCAAUCCAGCUGUGGUUUUAGUUCACUUUAUUUUGAUUUAUUUUUUUUUUAAUGUUGCUUUCAGCGAGAGGACAGGGACUCCUUUCUUAGUGAAGUACAGCUCCUGGGUUGGGCUCAGUCAGGCAUCUGGGCAAAGCACCCAACAUCUGUGCAAGGAAAAGUCUCCCUCAGCACUGCAAUCCGUGGCCAGGUGCCAGGUGACUUCUUGCAGCUGCAGGUGUCGGGCAUCUUUCACCAUGUGAAGUCCUAAACGGGAACACAUUUCCCCUCCUUUCUGUUACAGAUCAAAAAAGAAAGCUGCACUACAAAGCCCCGUGUUAUGUAACCCGAGUUUCCUUUUGUGUUGUAAUAAAAAAUACAUGAGCACUACUCUGCCUGUGUGCCUGGCUCUCAGCCAGGCCACUUUGCAUUCAAAGCCUGGCUCUCAUCCUGUGAAGGAGAGAGAAGCUGCUGCACAGCAGAUUUCCCUCUGACCCAAAGUGAAACCCACUCAAAGGGACCUCAGAGGUCUUUUGCCAAAGACAGUGGAAACAUGCUCAACUGCCAGCAGGGCUUUUUUUUUUUUUUUUUUUUUUUUUUUUUUUUUUUUUUUUUUUUUUUUUAAAUACACUAAAACGUUGUGUUUUUACAGAAAAAUGUCGUUUUUGAACAGAGAGGAAGUGGAUGUUGUGAGUGCUAGCAGGUCCCAGUUGCACUGUAGAGGUAACCCAGCAUGAGAGUGUUUUGAAAACAACACAGUAUUUAUGGCAACGAGUGAUUUGUCUCCUAGUAGAACUACAGAGUUAAGGGAAUAUUGUUGAAAUAAAAUAAUAUAUAUUUUGAAAUGCCAACUGUGUUACUAACAGUAUGUUAGACUAUUAAAAGUUUAAAAAAAAUCUGGAAGUGUUCAAUUACUUGUCACUAUUUGCCUCUUUGUCCUACUUGAAUGCAACAUAUAUGAAUUUGGAGACAAACAUGCUUAAUUUCUUAAAUUAUCAGCCUUCCUGGUGGUUCUGAUCGCUGGUGUUGAAGACAAGGGGCUGAUACCAAAGUUGUUAAUGUCCUUUGAAACAUAAGUGGGUCAUUUUAUUUUUUUUAGUCCAAAAUAGCCUGGAUUUAGUGAUUCUUAGGCCCACUGCAAGGCUGGGUUUCUUUUAGUCCUCCCUGGAGUUUGUUAUGUUGCAGUAAACAUUGCUGGACACAUUGAUUUUUCCUCUUGACUACAAUACUGUGUGAUGUUGUAAACCAUUGCCAGAUUAAAUGUGAAUUAAACCCACACCUCAAAGGCUGAUAUUGCAUUAACAACCAGCCAGGGAGAAGGGCCCAAGAGCAGAAGGCCCUGCAGGGACAGGGGCUCUCCAGGUCACCUCUGGGAUGGGGCACGUUGUUGGAGACAUUUGAAGGCCAAGGAUGGAACAUCCAUGGCUCUCACCCAGGGACAGCCUGAGUUUGGUGCCUGCUCCCAGUGUGCUCUCAGCACUUUGUUUUAGGCAGCCAUGGGAUGAAAAGCAAAGGUGAAGGUGGUAAGAAGUACUCUUGUAUCAGCACCAGCUCUUGUGGGGCAAGUGAGAAAGAAAUUCUUCCUUGUGAGAGCAGUGAGGCACUGGAAGAGGUUUCCCAGAGAAGUUGUGGCUGCCCCAUCCCUGGGAAUGUUCAAGGCCACUUUGGCUGGGGUUCCCAGCCUGGGAUAGUGGAGGUGUCCCUGUCCAUGGCAGGGGAUUGAACUGCAUCAUCUUUGCAUCUCCCAAUGCAAACCAUUCUGUGAUUCUGUGAAGUCAGAUCAGCCCUCUGGGUUGGCUGUGAACAUAUUACUGCCUUUUUUUGGGUGGCAGGAUUAGAUUUCAGUUGGAUUAUUGAGCUAAAGCCCUCACCUGCCUGCUGUGACAGCACUAGAGAAGUGGGGGACCAGGUGGCCAGGGGCAGGGUGGGCUUGGCUGGAUUGCAGAGAGGCCAGGUUUUCCUCUGCCUGUUUUGCACUCAGAGCUGGGCAAGAUCCCAGGGAAGAAAAAACAUCCCCAAUCAGGUAGGAACAGUUGGGGAAAGCUGCUAUAGCCAGGUGGGAAAGGAGCUGGGAUGGAGAUGGGGUGGGCAGAGCAUGAUGACAGUGCUGCAAGGUCUCCUCUGUCCCCAAAGGAAGGGACAUGGCCCGUGGUGUUACCACGUGAGCUCACUUCUGAACAGAUUAGGAAAUGCUGGAGCCCCACUGGAGGGAAGAGCUCUGGGGAAAAGAGCAGCAGAGGCAGGACAUGCCACCAACAUCACAGCAAAAGGCACCAAAGGGAGGAGGGGGGAGAGGAUCUUCAGAAAUCAGGCAGGGAGUAAAAGCAGCUCUUCCAUGAGGAGUGCAGCAGCAGUUUCCAUCAGACCCAGGUAUCAAAAGGCUCUGUGAAAUCCCAGGCUGGUUCCUGAGUGCUGGCAGGAGGGUUCCACUCGUGUUGGUGAGCGUGGUGGCCACAGGAAUUAAAGCAAUUUGCAGCAAACUGGCCUAAUCUCUCUAAUCUGUCGGCGUUUUGGCUGCUCUUCAUUUGACUGUGUGAAGCAUGUUAGGCCCACAGGUAGGUGGCAUUCCUGCAUCUUACUGAGGAGCGCAUGCAAUUCCUUAAUUUGGGAGCUGGCAGCAGCACUCCUCAGCAAGGCAAGGCAAAUAUUGCUGAUUCCAGCAGUGCCAGCAGAGGUUGAAACUUGGGGAAUGUGCACUGAUUGCAUCUCUUGUGAACACAACAGGAGCAAUCACACAGGUAAUUCAGCUGAUUUGUGUCUGUGCUUGACACUUUACUUACUCUGCACAGGGGUUCCAGUGGGUUUUGGGCUGGACCCUCAAGCAGAAAUGGGAUGAAGAGGUGGUAGGAACAGGGACAUAAAUAAAUCCCAACCCAUUGUUAAUUCCCAAUCCUUAAACACAAAGUUCUACCCAGAAGACCCCACCACCUGCAGGUCCCUGCUGCAGCCCAGCCAGCUGGUGACACUACAGCACAAUAAUGUGGUCCUGGACAUUGAGGCAGAGCUCUUUGCCCCUCAGUCAGCAUCCUGGAGCUCCCCAGCUCCAUGCCCACAUCCCUGCAGCAGGGCUGGGCACUCGGGACACCUGAACUGCCAGGUACUGCUGCUCACUGGCAGUGCUCCCUCAGGAGCAUGGUGGGGACAAAUGGCCCAAGCCACGUGGAGUUUGGGAACAGAAGGGGCCCCACCUCCUCAGAUUGUUCUUUUAUUUUCAAAAAUAUCAAAAAUUCCAUUGAUGACCAGGUGUUUGAAGGAUCUGUGGCCCUACAGAGCUUUUAUCUGCUGCCAUCCUACCCCCCCAUACUGAUCAAGGACACUUACAGUGCUGCUGCUGCUGCUGGAUGUUUAUUUAGAAUCACUGAUUAGGUUGGAAAUGGAGUAAAGCUGCAAACCCACAUUGUCUGAGUUUUUAAGACACUGUUUCUUCAUUUAGUUUACAGUUUUAUCCCAUAAUCACUGAUUGCUCACACUUCCCACUGCCCUCCCCAGUCACACUGAUCCCACAGUGUGGAACCAGCACUCUCAGCCCCACAGAUAUCACAGGAUGGAGCCCUGAUAAAAGCUUCAGUAGGACACCCUCUGCCUCAGGUCAUACCCAAAACCCUCCUGGCUUCCUCAGGCCUCUGGUCUGUGGGCAGGUGGACUUUGACAUUCACCUGGCCAUGGUCAGGGAGGCCAGGUGAGAUGGCAGAUGCUGUCUGAAUGAGAAAAAAAGUAGACAGAGUC